CCAAAGUCGCCAUGGAUUCAAAGAAGUCUAACAAAAUCAGAGACAUCGUUAGGCUUCAACAGAUCCUGAAGAAGUGGCGGAAGUUGGCGAACUCAUCAAAGACGGCGAAUAGAUACUCCGGCACGGCGGCGGGAUCUGGCGGAAAGAGCAUGAAGUUUCUGAAGCGGACGCUCUCAGCCGGAUGCGAUGUUUCCGGCGCGUCCGUACCGAAAGGAUCUUUAGCGGUGAGCGUCGGUGAGGAGCAAAAGCGAUUUGUGAUUCCGACGCAGUACUUAGGGCAUCCGGCGUUUGAGAUUCUGUUGAGAGAGGCGGAGGAGGAGUUCGGAUUUCAACAAACUGGAGUUCUGAGGCUUCCUUGUGAGGUAACGGUGUUUGAACAUGUGGUGAGAUUGGUGGAGAGGAAGGAGGGAGAUUUGUUCGGCGGAGAGGAGGUUUUGAGUCUUUGUUCGUUGGAAUCGCUGCUGCUUACGCCGUCGCACCGUCCGCAGAGUCCAAUGUGCAGAUAGAUUGAAUUUUGAUUUAGAACGAAAAGGAAACAUUAGAAAUCUCUCUUUUUCUCUCUUUUGAUUCCUCAUUUAAUCUUUUUCUUGAACGAGGUAACAUCAAAUGUAUGAAGAAAGAGGAAAUA